CGCAGGUGUAGAAGCAAGCGCCGCGCCCUGACCCGGACGGCUUCCGAAGCUGACAGGAUGAAUGUGGGGGUGGCUCACAGCGAAGUAAACCCCAACACUCGAGUGAUGAAUAGCCGGGGCAUCUGGCUGGCCUACAUCAUCUUGGUAGGACUGCUGCAUGUGGUUCUACUCAGCAUCCCCUUCUUCAGCAUUCCUGUUGUCUGGACACUGACCAACGUCAUCCAUAACUUGGUUAUGUAUGUCUUCCUACAUACGGUGAAAGGGACACCCUUUGAGACCCCUGACCAAGGAAAGGCUCGGCUACUGACACACUGGGAACAGAUGGACUACGGGCUCCAAUUUACCUCUUCCCGAAAAUUCCUCAGCAUCUCUCCCAUUGUACUAUACCUCCUGGCCAGCUUUUACACCAAAUAUGAUGCUGCUCACUUCCUCAUCAACACAGCCUCACUGCUUAGCGUACUGCUGCCCAAGUUGCCCCAGUUUCAUGGGGUUCGUCUCUUUGGCAUCAACAAAUACUGAGAGAUGGGGCUGGGGACAUUGGAACAAAGGGCUAUAACAUCCCCCCCUUCUCUAUACAGCCUGAGAACUAUGUAACUUUCCCAAACGCCCCCACUGGAAAUGCAAACUUUCACAAAUUUUCAUUGGAAAAUGGGGUCCCCUGGGCCCAGCCCUGCUAGGAGCAGGUUUCUUUGAAUCAGGAAAGACAGGUGAGGUAAGGGGCAAAUCACUCUCCUAUAGCAGGAAGCCAUGCUUGGGCAGCUUUUUGGUUGAUUAAGGUUUUCCCUAUCAUCCACUCCCACCACCUU